CGACAUGACAACCAUCAAUAAGCCUAACCCUUUUUAUUAUUCAUUAAGCGGCAACAGAGAAGAAGAUGAGAAAGGAAAAUUAUGCCCGAUAUUCAUAGACUGUGUUCGGGAAGCGCGCUAUCGGUGCUAUCGCAUCAUUCUAUCCUUAAUUUAUAUCUAAUGAUAAAAAUAGAACGACGCGAGUAGCGCUAAUAGCGCUUUAUUCGAUGCAGCCAUAAUUAAUCCAGGGGAUUUACAGACGGUUCAAGGUCUCUGUUUUGGCCUAAUAAUAGAUGUUGAUAUUAUACUGGUAAGAAAUUAUUGGAACCAAUCAGAUAUAUUCUUCAAGUUCCCGGGAAACAAAUAAGAGCGAAAUUAGCAAAAGCUUUUAAUUACUGGUUAAGAAUAUCGGACGAUAGACUACAAGCGAUCGAUGAGAUCGUAAAUAUGCUUCACAAUUCAAGUAUUGUCAUUGAUGAUAUUCAAGAUAAUUCUAUUUUGCGAAGAGGCAUUCCUGUUGCGCAUUCAGUUUAUGGAAUUGCUAGCUCAUUAAGUGCCGCUAAUUACGUAUUAUUUGUUGCUUUGGAGAGAGUUGUUAAUUUACAACAUCCAGCGGCAACGAAAGUGUAUAUGGAACAAUUGCUGGAACUUCACAGAGGUCAGGGAAUGGAUAUUUUUUGGAGAGAUAAUUUUAUUUGUCCAACUGAAGAAGAUUACAAGACCAUGACAAUAAGAAAAACUGGCGGACUCUUCAACUUGGCUGUAAGAUUAAUGAAACUAUUUUCAACUAAUGAAGAGGAUUUUUCAUCAUUAAUAGCUACUUUAGGAUUAUAUUUUCAAAUACGGGAUGACUAUUGUAAUUUGUGCCUUGGUGAGUACACUGAGAAUAAAAGUUAUUGCGAAGAUCUGACUGAGGGAAAAUUCAGCUUCCCGAUUAUUCAUGCACUUACAAGCAAUCCUGAUGACAGGCAAAUAAUAAAUAUCUUAAGACAACGGACAAAAGACAUUGAAGUAAAACGUCAUUGCAUUAAAUUGUUAGAAAGAUUCGGUUCUUUCAAGUACACAAGAAACGUACUUGAGGAAUUAGAUUUAGCAGCAAGAACUGAAAUUGAACGUUUAGGUGGCAAUCCGCUCUUGAUGAAGAUUUUGGAUGAGCUCAAGAAUUGGGAUACUAAAGAUGCGCCUAAAGAUCUCUUAACUGGCACAUUUUAGAUUAUUUAUAGAAUUUUUAUUUUAUAAAAUAAUAUUAUAUAAUAUAAUAUUUUUCUUUAUUUUCUUUAUAAUAUUAUACAAGUUUUCUUUAUAAUAUUAUACAAGACAAUCUGCUAUUAAAGAUGUCUAAGCAGCAAAAAGAGAUGAUUACGAAAAAAAAUAAUUUAUAAAAAUAUGUAUCAAAAAUGUACAUCAAAAAUGUACAUCAAUAAAGUGUUUUUACAAAAUUUUCUAGAUAGCCAAACAUAUCGAGAACAUCGCACUUAUGUUACAUAUUAUGUUAUAAAUCGAACAUCAGCCGAAUAUGAGCUGUUUUAUUAGAUAGCGUCAGCAAAAAUAUAAUAAAAAAUAUAAGAAAAAUCGAGAAAUCCCUGUGUCAUAAAAUAGUUACAAAAUAAACAUUCUGCUAAAUGUGGCCAUUAUUUGAUAUAUACCGUCACUGGUAACAUGUUAUAGAUAACAUGCUGAUAAUAAUAAGUUGUCUUCAAUUUGCAAUCAAUACAUUAUUAACUGCAGAUAAUAACAUUUAAAUUGAUAACACUUGUGAAGUUACUGCACACAAUUACUUGUACUGUACAAGUUACUUGUACGCAAUUGUUUAUUUGCGAAUAAUAAAUCGUUGCUAAUGUUGCAUUAAAUUAU